UGCUGGGGAGUCGCAUGUUGAGGUUUCGACCUCGUUGUCGCUGAGCACGACAGGGGCUACCCUGUUUCGUGUGCGUCGGCCUGGAUUUGUCCGUCGGCGAGGAGGUUUCGAUCUCCGGCUCUUUCAGGACCUCAUACUCAUUGUCAGCAUCCUUCUCACAGACCGCCUCUUCUGUAUUCGGGCUAUGAAUCGCGAUUGACUGGUCAUCGGGCUCCUCCACGGAGUGAUGAAGCUCACUCGGCUUAGCUGAGUCUUGUCGCUUUUUCGAAGCGGUCGUCUUUGUCGUAAUCCUCUCAAUUGCUGGGGGUUCUUCUGAAAUCGAAGCGGCGCGGACGAUGGUAUGCGAUGAUUUUUGUAUAGUGCUUCCAGCUCCUGAUGAGGGGAGAACUGAUCUUCCUGCUGAGCCUGGUCGACUUCCUUCGUUCCUUUGAGCCAACAUGAGCAGCCCGCGCCGCUGCCUUGAUCUGAUCCUGAGCUCUGUCCGCGGUUCCUUCGCAGGAGGAGGUUUUUCUGUAUCGGUUUCUGUUGCGGAUGCUAUAUCGGUACUCAGUGUUCGCUUCAUUCCAUUAUGUUCCGCUGUGCUCGCCUCUUUUCUUUUGGACGUUUUUGAGCUCUCGGGGCGGUUUCGGGAGGUCUUUUGAUGCGGUACCUCCACAUCCUCGUCUUCAUCUUCAUCGACAACGAUGGGCUGUUGGGCGACCUUCCGGGCAGACUCCUUUGCAGGCCUUUGUAUUGCUGGGACAGAAUCACCCCUUGCCUUCUUCGGGCGUGGUGGGUGGUUAUCCGCAGGUGGCGCCAGGGUUUGGUCCAAGGCUGGAGAAUCUUCACUUUUCGCCAACCACAUGAGAAAUGCUUCGUCAUCGGCUGCGGGUGAUUCUUUAUCGCCUAUGUCAGAUUCAAUUGUUUUCGACGACAGUUUGGGCGCAGAUGUUCGGGUUUUGGACGAUCUGUCUGCAUUGGUAUCCUGAUGUUCUCGGGCUUUGCGUGAGCUAUUCGCCGCUGCAUCACUACGAUGUUUUGGUGCUACGGGCUCUUGAGUGAGAAGUGAAACAACCUCGUCUUCGGGAGGCGGUUGUCGAAUCUUCACUGGCUUUGAGGCUUUCGUACGAUUCCUUAACAGAGGUUCUCGAGUCCGAGGAACUUCGCUAGUCCGAUUGUGCUCAUUACCAGCCAGCAGCUCCUUUAACGAUGCCCGUUGUGUAAGAACUCGGCGGGGUGCAGCCUGACGAGAAGCGCUGAUCUCCACCUCUUCAGGGUUAGGAGAUAGCGGUGGUGAUUUCGAGCUUCUAUCAGCACACCUUGAUGUGCCAUCUCGUGAGACAGGUGGUGCGACUUUUGGCCUUGCUGCAGCCCUGUCGUGCAAUGGUUGACUUCGAACUGGCGGUAUUGAAGACGAGAACGGAGUGAGAGUUAGAGUCGUUCCAAAUAAAGCCCGGGCAUGCCCCAUCUUACUCGGAGGCGACUCCUCUCGUCUUCUCCUUUUGCUCGGCCGUGCGUCUUCUGAUGGUGAAUCUUGCUGCUGACCUGGGCUCUCGGCCAUCUUGCGCUGCUCAAAUGGCGAGUGGGGUGAAAUGACGGCCCUCCCAAUUCUUGAAGCUCCUCCAACAAGAUCAUUAAGCGGGCGAUGUCUGAGUUGAAAAUGGGGGGCAUUUUGGUCGUUUCUUGGUGUUUGAGUUACUGCUGCAGUCGACCCUGGUGUUCGUGUCGUCCCAGCAUUUGUUCGGCGCUUCUCAACUUCUCUUGCGCGCUUAUCCAGUAGAUCCGUCAGGUCCUGCUCUCGUUGUCCGGUACAGUCAGAAACUUGCACGAUGGCUGCACCACGAUCCAGUUCAAACUCAUCACCAGGCUCAAGGUCCCCACCUUCUUGCCAAUGAGCAUCGCCUAUAAAGUGGUUUCGAUCAUCAUACACCAUGACUCGCUUGUUGAACGUGUGAUAUUUGAGAAUUCCAUCCUGCCACCUUUUUUGCUUUCUCUUCAGAUCGUGUGUGAAGAGGCAAAUGAAAUCCACCACGAGGGCAGUCGUGGGAAUGGAACCAGAAGUCAUGCUUGACGACAAGAUUGGUUAUGACUUCUCGAGCUCAUAAAACAAUGACUCCUUCAACAUUUCGAUGUCAUCAAAAUCGUUCAAAUCUGCUGUUGCACAUAAAGUCCACGAAAAGACAAGGGUUUCACUAACACGUGUACGAGGCGGAACGCGUAGAGUUAAAUUGAAUUGGCUCUUACGGCAGGCAAACGCGAACGCCAGGUCACGUGCUGACUCUACCAGCUCUGACUGCCUAGAGUGUCGCCUACCCUGUACCUUGACUGCUCUGUCCCAGGCAGCACCAAAGAAACAGAAACCGAUGCAUCAUUUACAUGUAAGUUUCAGCCCAAUUACACCCGUGUAUUGUUGGGACAGUAGGGCUUUUCGGCAGGACAAUGUCUGUUUCUUUAUCCCGUUUUUGCGACAUGCUGCUUUUGCAGACUAGGUUAUUAAUGUCAGAUGUAAUUGGGGGAUGGGGGAGUGUGUGGAGAAAUAUACACAAUGGAGCCGGCAUGGAAGGGAAAUAGUUCAAUGGGAACAGUGUCGUCAAUGGUACUGCCUAAUCAUUGCCCAGCCCUACCGUCUGACAUGCUUGCUACAUCAGAAAGUACUAUCAGCUCCUCUGUUACGGGUCACUUUGACAUCACGGAGAACAGCAUAUACUUAUCUGCGGAGAUGGGUGGCCCGGUGGUCACCAUUUAGUCCUUACAAAUGAAAUGUAUUCUAUGGGUAUCAUGCCUCAACACGUACGGUAUCAAAUUGUACCAGAUGCAGCUAAAUAACACGCUGAAUGCCAC